AUGACUAACGAUGAUCAAAUACGUCUAGCACUUCGUUGGAGCAUUCCUAAUAUUACUGAAGAUCAACUACUUACUAGUACAAUGGAUUGGAAUGAUUCAAACAAAAUUGAACAAAAUCGAUCGCUACUACUCGAUGGUUUAAGUAAAAAUUUGCAAGUAUUUGUUCGGAACUUUAUCCAGCUCGAUACUGAUCUUUCGGUCUUGUUGGGAUACACUGCUGAUACCUGGAGAAACGAAAAUUGGUCAUCUGAUAACGACUAUUUAAGAGAAUUAUAUUCGGAAACAAAACGUAAAAAUCCAGAUCCACUCUAUCUAUUGGAUAAGAUCGAUCAAAAACUUAAUUUCAAAAAGCAAACUGAUUUAAAUAGAAUUCUCGAAAUGUUAGUGAGCGAUUUUAUGGAUACACUUUAUGAAGAUCCAUCAAAAGGCGAAUCAGUUCCAGAGAAAUCAAAAAGAACAUCAAAGGUUGAUCCUAUGAAUCCAGAUGUCGAAUGUGGGUGUGAACUAAACGUUCGAUCGUCUCAAACUACAAGAAAAAACGUUGAAUCUAUUUAUCGUGAUAUUUUUCUCUGGUGUAUAGUCACAUAUCGACUUGCGAUGGCAAAAAUUAUUCUUGGCCAAAUGAAGAGUCGUAUAUGUUCGGCUCUUAUCGCUUCGAAAAUUCUCAAAUCACUAACACAGUAUGCACCAGAUCAUGGAUCAAAAGAGAUAUUGCGUUCGGAAGCGGACGUUUUCGAAACAUAUGCCAUUGAGUUCGUACGUUGUUCAUAUAUGUACAAUAAGCAGCAAACAUGUGAACUGAUUAUUCGUCAAGUAGAUCUCUACGGAAAUGUUACAUGUCUUCAAAUGGCUAUUGCAGGAGAUAAUAAGAAAUUUUUAAAUGAAGAUGCAUGUCAAGCUCUACUAACAAAUAUAUGGUAUGAUAAAGUUGAUCCAGUUCAAGAACGAACUCGUCUUGUUGUCAAUUUACUCACAAUGGGCAUUUCACAGUUGUUUAUUUCUACGUACGAGAAACAUUUCUCUGAAAAUCGUUCAAUACAACAAGAAACUAAUUUUGGCUAUAUACUUUUCUUACUUUUAUUCAGUUAUUAUAUGCUGUAUGCCUUUAACCCACUAUCAGAUGAUACUAUAAUUAUUCAUUGGGCUGAAAUAUUAACUAUUAUAACUGUGACUAGCAUGUUUCUUGAAGAAGCUCGACAGUUCUAUUUCCAAGAAAGUCAAAAGUUCAAAGGCAAACUUUUAACCUAUUUUGAUUGGAAUAAUCGAUUAUCGAAUCUAUUUUUAAUUUUACCAGCAUACCUUCUCUUCUAUGUUGGACUUAUACUACGUUUUAUACUGAGAGGUGCCGACAAUUUUUCAGCUGCAAGAAUAGUGUUGGCUUAUGAUCUCGAGUUGUGGUUUAUUAUUGCAGUUCUUUUUGUUGGUGUUACUCCAGAUCUUGGUCCAAAACUAGCGAUGAUUCGAAAGAUGGUAGGCAAAUUGUAUUAG